AUGCCGGCAGCCCCCACUGGUCACCCUGACGCUCAUGCCAGUGGAGGGGCUGGCGUGGAGGAUGCAGGCGGGUUGCCCACGAAGAUGGCACGAAGGCAGAGGCAGGAAGAACGGCCCUUCGUCUUUGCAAACUACCCGUCUCGAAAGGUGGCCAUUCGUCUGGCGUAUCACGGCCACUUGUACGAUGGAUUGGCAAAACAGGAAGAGACACCCAACACCGUGGAAGCGUAUGUGCUGACGGCGCUCAAGCGCGUGCGACUCAUUCCUCAGGAUGGGCCACACGAUCUUGCACGGUGUGGGCGAACAGACAAGGGCGUUAGUGCACUGGGUAACGCCUUUUCACUUACGGUUCGGGCCUCCUCAUGGCCCACCGACUCUCCUCAGAAGCCACCACUUGACUACUGCGCUAUGAUAAACAGUGCACUACCUGUCACCAUUCGAAUUGUUGGUUGGGCCUAUGUAGGGGAAAGUUUUGACGCCCGUUUCUCAUGUGUGGGCCGAACGUACCGCUAUUACUUCUGUCAUCGGGGCCUCAACCUGGAGGCGAUGAAUAACGCCGCAGUACGGCUUAAAGGAGUGCAUAACUUCCGCAAUUUUUGUAAGACAGAUGUCGUGAAUGUGAGCAACUACGAACGUGAUGUGCGCAGUGUGGGUAUUGUUACUAGCGAAACACUGCCGGAGUUGGUGUCAUAUCUUGAGAUUCAUGCAAAUUCGUUUCUUUACCACCAGAUUCGCUGCACCAUGGAGGUGCUCUUUCUUGUUGGUCGCGGCUUGGAGGAGCCGGAGGUAGUCACUCAGCUCCUUGAACGUGGAGACCGCAAACCCGUCUACCCACUUGCAGACGGUAGGCCUCUUGUGUUGUGGGAUUGCCACUUUGAGGGCUUGCGGUGGAGUAUUUCACAACGAGCAUUUAUGGUCGUAGAGCAGGAGCUGCUGGACAUCGCGACGGCGUUGCUGCUGCGAUCAUCUGUAGCGGACUCCAUGCGCUCGCAGUUGUUCGCCUGGUACGGCGGGGAUACAGACGCGGAGGGCAAGAUGAUUGCGGCACAACCGUCGGGGGGGCAAAUUGCGGACAGAUGGUCUGUGAGUGGGUGCGAUUGGACCGACGAGCGCACGCAUGCCAGCCUGCGCGUACGGAGGUACGACUUGUUUGCGCUCUCGAGGCAAAGAGAGGAAGGUGCCUCAGGGCCCUUGUCAAGUCGGCCCUAUACAAAACUACUGGAUCGUGAGACUGAGCGAAGCUUCGGUGAGGAGGUGGAGGCCCUCAGUAAAAAGAAGCGCGCUCGAUUCGAAAGUAAUAUGGAGAAGAAGCAGAAGAAUUUGUAA